CACAAGACUUAAGUCAGAAGGAGCGACGAGAAGGCAAGAAACUCAGUCUUACUGUCUUGCGGUUUUCAAAGUUCUCUGUGAAAGCUCAGAGCCAUGAAGUUUUCCGUGUUGGUGUUGUUGGUUCUGAUGGGGACCGGUACUUACUCCAUGCCGACCGAAGUCACGGACCAAACCGGCGCACCCGCAAAACCGACCAAGCAACCGGCCAACCAGGACACCGUGGUUGUGGUGGGCCGCAUCAUGUCCGAGGCUUUCGCCUUUCAAAUCGACUUUCACGGACUCGACUGUGAAGUCAUCUUCGAGUCCAGUGUGGGCACCGGCAUCAAGCGAUGCUACGACGGGAGCUGGAUCCUGACCUGUUUCGAGCAGCAGAGGCAGUGCUUCGUCACGGGAUCUGUGUCGGCCAAGAAAGCUGCAGGAGCUCCUCAGCACAAGGAUAAGGUGACUGUAUUGGGGAGGGCCUUCGACACUCCCUUUGCUCUGGAACUCGCUUUCGACGAAGUCCAAGACUGUGAGACCGUCUACGUGUCUGGGAACGGCUCUGACAUCAAGCGCUGUUACGACCCGGACCUUGGCGUGACUCUGUACUGCUUCGAACAAGUGAACCAGUGCUACCUGACCAGUGUGGAUGAGGAUGCAGGCAUUCACAACGGGGUGUCUUAAGGCCAGGU